AUGUUCAUUCUAACGAAAAUAAGUGACUUGGUUAGAAUCCCGCCAGAUCAGUUUCAUAGAGACACAGCGUCAGCGAUCAACCAUCAAUUGAACAAUAAAUAUGCAAAUAAAGUGAUUCCACAUGUUGGGCUUUGUAUAACAGUAUAUGAUCUGUUAGCUGCAGACGAAGGCCAGUUAAAACCAGGCGAUGGUGCUUCGUACAUCAAUGUUACAUUUCGCGCACUGGUAUUUAAGCCUCUUGUUGGAGAGAUUGUGACCGGGUGGAUAUCACAAUGUACUGUGGAAGGGAUUAAAGUUUCGUUGCUAGGUCUUUUCGAUGACAUAUUUAUUCCCGAAAACAUGCUUUUUGAAGGAUGCUACUUCUCUGUAGAUGAUAAUGCGUGGGUAUGGCCUAUGGAUUCUGAUACAAAGCUAUAUUUUGAUAUAAAUGAGAAAAUUAGGUUUAGGAUAGAACAAGAGGUUUUUGUUGAUGUCAAACCCAAAUCUCCAAAGGAAAGAGAGAUCGAGGAACAAUUGAGGGAAAAGGAAGAGUUGAUUGCUGCGGAGCAGCGAAAGCUCCAAGUACCGCCAACUUAUGCACUUUUGGGAAGUUGUCAGACAGAUGGUAUGGGGCUGGUAAGCUGGUGGGAAUAA